GAAUUGAAACCUGAUGUAGUAACUAAAUCUGCUCUUGGUGAUGAUAUUGACUUUGAAAAAGUCUGCAAAAAGCCAGAUUCUACUGCGACUGAAAGAGCAAUUGCCAGACUAGCAGUGCACCCUCUUCUGAAGAAGAAAAUAGAUGUGCUGAAAGCUGCUGUCCAAGCCUUUAAAGAUGCAAGACAAAAUGCUCCUGACAUUGAGUCAUCAAAGAAUACUUCAGAAGAAAAUCAUUCUCAGGACACUUCGUGUUCAAAUGACAAUGCAAGUGAAUUACAGCAGCGUGGGAGAACUGUUAUCAGUGAGCAAAAAUGGAAAGAUGCCAAAAUACUGGCAAAGAAACCACUAAGUGAUACAAAAGAAAAAACGUGCAAGAUGCAACAUGGAGCCAAAGCAGUGGACAUUCCAAAUGCUCCAUCAAAGCUUUCAGGAAAUCAGAAGACACUUGCUAACCCAGAAAUUAAAACAUUAAGUCAAACCACAAAAAAGAAGGGGUCUGAUAGCUCUCUUGGUAACAGUGAAAGUGAGGAAGAAUUCUCUGAAGAGGAAAAGGAGUACUUUGAUGACAGCACAGAAGAAAGGUUCUAUAAACAAUCGUCCAUGUCCGAGGAUAGUGACAGUGGUGACGACUUCUUCAUUGGGAAAGUCAAGCAGACACGAAAGAAGGAAAGUAGUUCCCAUUCUUCAGCUAAGGAACAAAAACCCUUCCAAAACAUGUUACCCACAGAAGAUGCAUAUGAAGACCACUGGGAUGUGAGAAAUGAGAAAAGUAAGCCACUUGCAGAAGCCAGGAAGUUAGAAUCAGUGUUUUUCCACUCUUUAUCUGGCUCUAAAAGUUGUAGAAGGGAUUAUCGGGAACAAGCGCCAAAAAGUAAAAUCUCAGAAAAUGAACUUCAGAUCAAGAAUCUGUUUAAAAAGCAUGCACAGAGAGGACUUGAAAACACAAAGCAGCAGCUGCAUUUGCCUCUCCAUCCCUCGUGGGAGGCGAGCAGGAGGCGGAAAGAACAGCAGUCCAAAAUCACGGUGUUUCAGGGGAAAAAAAUUACAUUUGAUGAUUGAUUGCCACCUCUUUUGUGAGCUAUCUAUCUAAAACUUAGUGUCUUUCUUCCUUUUUUCCAUUAGCCUAUUAAUUUAAACUUCAUUUUGAAUAAGUCUCCUUGAACUUCUUUUUCAAGUGAGUUCAGGUUGUUUGCAUAAUGCCCCCAACAAAUCAAGUACACAUGCAAGUUCAUUUUUAAUAGUACCCCCAAGUUAUUCCUUCCAUGGAGGGACUUGGAGGUUUUAGGUUUCUCAUGUGUGCUUAUGGAGUGUAUUUAGGGGUUUCAACUUUCGUUUUUAUCCUGGAAAAGAAAUGUCAAAAAUUUUUUUAAAUAAUGAGGAAAUCAUAGUCACUUACACCUUUGAUAGAAGUACUCCAGUUAGCAAAAUAAAAGUAGCAGCUUUUAUCAUGGGUGCAUAGGUAUUAUAUAAGUAAAUACUAAACUUCAUAGUUGUAAUGACUUGUGAUGUUGUGCUUUUCACUGUUCUAAAAGAGUUUUCCAGAAAAAUUUGAGUUCCUUAAAUAUGUUUCAGUUAUUUAAGCAACCAUAAAACAGUAAUUAUGUAAAUAUUUCCAUUAAAUCAAGAAUAUGUAAUGUCUACUUAUUUGACCACAUGCUCUUAUAAAAACUUUUGUUUUGGUUUUUAUUUGAGAACAGGGUCUUACUGUGUUGCCCAGGUUGGCUUCAAUUUGCAGUCAUUCUGCCUCAG